AUGAAAUCACUCAUUCAAAUCGCGCACCGCCAUGAACUGGCAUCUCUACCAGAUGAAGAUCUCGUUCGGCUACUCUACGCGCAGUUCGGCCCAGAGAUCGAUCGAUUAAAACGUGCCCCGCCCGCAGUCGAAGGCGGCGAAAGCCAAAGCCAUUCUAAAGGAUAUCUUACCGCUGACGGACUCAGUCCUUCGAGGUUGCUGUUCAACGAAAAUUUCGAUGAAGUGAAUCGCUCAAUCACCAACAUUCGCGCUUUGAAAUGGGUUCUUGCCGACGACUACGACGCCUUUGCCGCGAAUCAACCUUCCCCUGUCAAAUCAUCCCAGGUGACCUUCCAGUCCUUAAAUCGCCAAGUAGACUUUUUCCUAAAAGAUACCGACCGGCUCUUCGCAUCAAUUGUCGCGCUUAUUAUUGGUGAUAAAGGUAAGGACCCAUACCUAGCUGACGAGAUUUACGCGCGUAAGGGCACAAAAAGUGAAUGCGCAGACCGUAAAAAUCAUGAUGAACUACUCGCCGAGGCUGUCGCAUGUGGGAUUCUCGACGGUUCACUCAGCCAGCUAACUGAUCCUAGCGCGCAAAUAUGA